CCGUGAGCCAGAUCGAUGUGAGCAAUGUUAUCCGGUUAUCUUCUUUUAUUUGUAUUUGGAGGCUCUGUGGAUGUGAAUUGCGGGUGCGCGGUCCACUGGAUGCCAUGAGAUGAAAUUGUAAUUGAUCUUACGAUGCAAGAAAAGUGUCAUUUUAGACAGCGCGGUAUCUGUGUCUGUUGAAGUGUCAGUGUGCGUAAAGUGAAUCGGCUGAUGUAGGUCGUUGAAAUGGUUGUUUUUUGUUUUUUUUGUUGAUAAUUUGGUGUUAGUGGUGUUCUAUUAAGCGGAGCCAUAAAAUUGAGAUUGUUUCAGAACUAUUUGAACAUGGCAGAACCAGUGUUAUCUGUGUCUUGGAAGAACCACACCAGUGAACUUGCUACAGAAUAUAAAAGUUUGUUGGAGAAUAAUUUUUUGGUGGAUUGUACUCUCUCUGCUGAGGGUCAACGCCUGAAAGCUCAUAGGCUGAUUUUAUCUGCUUGCAGUCCUUACUUUCAAAUGCUGUUUCAAGAGGACUCUGGAAAGCAUCCUUUUGUCAUCCUCUUAAAUGCAACAUUCGAAACACUGAAGGCUGUGAUUGAUUUUGUUUACCGAGGGGAGACUCAUAUUCCAGAAGGAAACUUGAACUCGUUUCUGACACUUGCUCAGUCUCUGCAGAUCAAGGGCUUAAAUGCUUUUACACAGGAUGAUCAGCAUCCCCAUCUUUCAGACAGCUACUCUGAUACUGUGCAAACAAACUCUUCUAUUCCUGUUGAAGCAUAUAAUACCUCAUGUGAGAAUGUGCAGUCAGCGACGUCAGUUACACAUUUGGCUGAACAUCAUCGAUCUCUAGGCUGUGAUGAAGUGUUUGCGGACUCUGAAGUGACUGUAAAACAUGAACCUUUGUGUCACAUAUUUCCAGAGACUGGAAACAAAACACCGGUAAAUGUUAAAAGUUAUGAAUGUGGGGCUGGAAAUUUCCAGAGAGAAAUGGAUGUUGGAACUACUAAAGUGUGUGGUGAAGAGGAUUCACACAUUUUCUCAAGUUGUUGCGAGUCCUCUCAUGGGAAUAUGGAAUCAACCCUGAUGCCUCCUGCCCAAGAGCAGCGUUCACAAUUGAGUGACGAAGUGCCUUUUGGACGAGAUGGUGAGGAGACUUUCCAGCCUGCGAGUUUGGUGCUAAAAAAAGAACAUUUGGAUGAUGAAAGUGAUAUGAUGGAUGACCGUGAUAUACCAGUAAAUUAUGCUAAUGAAGCACAUGAAGGAAUGGAGUCUGCAUACGAUGAACAGAAUCUCGACCGAUGCUCAAGGGCGGACGGCGUCCUUCCCGCGCAGCGGCAGAGUGAAAUGCGGUCGUGGAGUUCGGGAACUCGGGAGAGCAAGACGCUUGUGUCGCAGGCGGAGCUGCUGCCACACGAGCCCUCGGCCGUGGAGCCGGUCACGGGCGACGCGGGGCGGAAGGCGUCGACCUCUAGACCUCGCGUGGCCGGUUCCAGCCACGCGCGCGCGAGAGAGAGAGCGUUCGGUGUGGUGCGUGGUACAGCCGGCCUCCCGCCGGAGAAGGAGCUGGCAACGCAGAGGAGUCCCCCAGGGCAGCAGAGCGAGUCGCCCCCGCCGCACUCGGAGCUGCAGUCGCACGAGGGCGAACAGACUCUGCUCAGCGACGAGGGCGGAACGGCUUCGCCCCACCCACCCAGCGCCAGCACUCACAAGCCCAGGCGCAAGGGGAAAGGGCGUUUUCGUUGCGAAGUGUGCGAGAAGGCUUUUCAGUACCCAUCAAAACUCGCUGUUCACAUGCGCUCCCACACCGGCGAGCGGCCGUUUCGCUGCGACGUGUGCGGAGAGGCAUUCUUCCAGAAGAUAGCUCUUACCGCUCACCUACGCAUACACGCGGGUGAGCGACCGUUUAGAUGCGACGUGUGCGGUAAAGCUUUCACCCAAUCACCCACUCUCGUCACCCACCUUCGUAUUCAUACCGGAGAGCGUCCAUUUCGCUGCGAAGUAUGUAAUAACACGUUCACUCGAAAACAUAACCUCAGCAUACACAUGCGCAUACACACAGGAGAACUGCCUUUUAGGUGCGACGUAUGCGGUAAAACCUUUGCCCGCUCCAACUCUCUCCUUCAACACUGUCGCACUCACACGGGAGCGCGCCCCUACAACUGCGAUGUGUGCGGUAAGACGUUCCGUCAACAAGGAAACCUCUGCAGGCACAUGCGCUCACACACCGGUGGCGAGUGACGUAUUGCUGCAACGUAUGCGUUGAGGAUAUUAAACAUAGGGCGUCUACUCUAUCAUAAGCGCAGGCACAGCAGCCGUCAUAGAAACCGGGUAAAGGACCGCAAUUAGGAGUAAUCCCGUCAAGAAACGUAACGUCUUAUUCCGCCGCUCUAUGGAACGGAUCGAUUCUGCUGGAAUGCUGCGUCAAAAGAUCUCGACCAUUUUCAGUGCUCACAGCUGUCAGCACCAGAGAUAUACUGUAGAAUUCGAAACUGUGGCUAACAGAGCUCAGUAACAUUUUAUUGAGAAGUAUGGCCGGGAGAUGGUGCCACAGGACUAGCGGUCUAACAACAGGUCAUACUUUCUCGCAUUAUUGGAGUUACGUAAUGCACAAAUAUUGCAAUUUCUAGCACAUCGGCUAUUGCUCGAAAACGUCCAAUUCAAACAAUGCAUUCAUUUCGAUAGUCGGGAGCAGCAAUCAUUUUCUACUUUUACCAAAGCAGUUCUCAAAUUGUGACGACAACGUUCGAGUCGGAGCCGCCGUUAGCCGCGACAAAGAACAUUGCAGUAUGUGAUAGCAAAUUUUCAGAUUUUCUUUCGCUGUUAGAUAAUCAAUCACGAAAUUCGUAUUAAUCAACUGUUAUAUGGUACAAAUGUCGAAAAAACAAGUUUAUUACGGCAUUAUUAUUACAUUUAUUAUUCAUGUUAUUUUUAUUAUCAUUAUUUUAUUAUUAUUAUAUAAUUUGCAUGUUAGCUGUAGUAUUUUAUUUAUGUAAUUAGCUGCCACCGGGUUAUGCCCAUUUGCAGUUCAAAUAAAUUUAUCUUUAUCUAGUUUUACUAGCGCAUGUUAUACUUAUGAAUUAUCCGCGCGCCUUUUCUUGAGCUCUCCUUUCGCUAGGUGCGUGUGGAGUGACGGCUUGGUUAUUUCGACGACAGGUUGCAAAAUGGCUUCUAUUACACGGAGGCAAACAUUUCUGAUAAUUAGAUUUUGUCAACAAGGCUCAUCCCUAACAUUUGUUCUAAAUUCAACUAAUGUUAGUAAAGGAAUGGGGAUAGGUAUGCCGGGGCUCAAGAAAAUGUGCGAGUAUAAUUCAAGUAUAUCCAUUUUCUGCCUUCUUAAGUAUACUACAGUUAAAUCCUGCUAUUUUAAGCUACAUAAUAAUUGUAAGAAAUAGGUAGCGGAGAUGUCUCUAAAUCAAUUCUAUUAGGCUUGGAACUUUUUAUUGCGUUUCAUAUUUUUAUAAUGUAAUGAAAUUGUUACAUAAAAUAAAUUGCUUUUUCCUUAGCAAUAAAUGAAAUGAAACUUAAAUAUUAGACCUAACCUAAUACACAACAAUCAAUCAAUUACAAGAACUACAAUCUCUAAUGAAGUGCCCAAUGCCGCUCGUGCCGGAAAGAUUAGAUUAAAAUUUAAACGGAUUUGGAAUAUCAGGUAAUAGAUGUAAAAAUAAUUAUAGUACUGAUAAGAGGCACGACGGUUGGGUCACACCACAUUUACGAAACUCAUGAACUCAGCAGUUGGCGGGCCCGAAAUCAUCAGUCAUUAUAUUGCAAUGAAUAUUGCAUCACCUGUCGGGAUUCGCUGCGCGGAUUGCGUCAUCUGCCGGCGCCCCCUCUUCUCCCCCUGGCUGGACGGUUCCGGACCAUUCGUAGAAGUGUUGCUCAUUUUCCCGAAGGCUCGAGGCGAGCGCCGGCGAGGUAUAAAUUCCCCGCUGCUGGCGACCGACAGAGUAGUAGUCGGAAGUAAGCAGCCGCGAGUCAGUGUAUGUAAUCAGUCAAGUAGUAAACAGUUAGUCCAUCAGUGUGACUGAAGCUGAGCUGUAAAGUGUCCAUUGCGAUGAACAGUGGUGCAGUGGGUAAACAGGAGUCUGAAGUCUGCAGGGAAGCUGAGCUGUGAAUUGUGCAACGCAGUAAACAGUGGUGACAGUAGGGGAACAGCAGUCAGCAGUUUGAAGUCUGCAGUGGAAGCUGAGUUGUGAAGUGUGCAUCGCGGUAAACAGCAGUGCAUUGGACCCUGGUCUAUGCAAGUGAAUUGUGGUCUGCGCAAGGAAUUGUGGUCUGCGUAGCGAAUUGUGGUCUGCGCAGCGAAUUGAGGCCAGCGCAGUGGACUGUGGACAGUUCAUCGGACUGUGUGAUAUUGUAGAAGUGAACAGCUAAAUAAAUAAUCAGAAGUGAACUAUGUAAAUAAAUAAUCAAGUGACGAACACAAGGACUGUGUUAUGUAUCUGUAAACAGAUAAAGUAGUUUUAGUGUAGCAUUGUUUAUAAAAUAAACAUCUUUGUUAAAUACCAGUGUGAGUUUUAAUUCACCAUCGAGAAACG